AUGGUGUCAAUCAACAUGGGACCCGAGUUUCCUUCUUAUCAAUAAGCUUCCAUACAUAAACAAUUAAUCAUUGUCCUUUGAUACCUUUCUUAUACUUUUCUACAAGACAGCUAAAUAGAAGAAGAAUCAUCUUAAUGCUAAGGAAAAUGGCAACAGAAGCAGCUGCUCGUACUUUCUUCUCGUCUCCUUACUUCGCUGUAGUUGGCGCCUCUGCAGACCCUGCAAAGUUUGGACAUAAAAUAUUCGCAUGGUAUACGGCCCACGGUCUUCCAGCAACGCCCAUCAACCCCUCCUCCCCCUCCAUCAAAGUCGGUUCCACCGAUUACUCCACUCUCCCCUCAAUCUCCGCUCUUCCCCAUCCAACUGAGACGGGUGUCUCGAUUAUCACUCCUCCAAAGAUCACAAAGAAAGUCUUGGAGGAGGCAAGAGCUCUGGGGAUUAAGAGUGUGUGGUUGCAGCCGGGAACAUAUGAUGAUGAGAUUCUAGGAUUUGCUUUGAAAGAGUUUGAGGGUGGGGUUGGUGGUGAAGAGGGUGGAACUGUGGGGGGGGAAGGCUGGUGUGUUUUGGUUGAUGGAGAGAGAGCUGCUAAGGCUGCUGGUAGAAACUUGAAGCUGUAAGGAGGGUUGUUGACUCGGACUAUAAUGAGGGUGAUAUCCAAUACACAUACUGUAUUUAUUCUCACAUACCGUCCUUUAUCUGAAACGUAGAUGGUUUCAAAAUCAGGGAGAGCUUUGAGAGACACCAGGGAUAAGUCUCAUCUUGAGUAACUAUAAUUUUGGCCUGAUAUAUUGCGACGCUUCAGAAUCAUAUAUGGCAAGCCAUCACUAUAGUUUUCUACCAUAUACCUCAACUCGUGAGUUUCUGCUUCGAUAACAAU